AUGCUCUUCAACUUGGGCAUGACUGCUGAUGCCGCCGCGGCGCAUAAUAGUGAUCUCGUCGCUUCGAAAUCCGACAUACACUCCUCCCUGCCGUCGCGUCAGUCUUCUUCUUCUCGACCGUUUUCGUUCGGAACCUUGCCAGUCUGCGGAUUAGGCAAUCUAUAUAGCAAGGACAAGAUCCCAGAUCCCGAGAUACCCCGCCUGGAACAGCGAUACUCCAUGCCGCUUACCGCUCUGGAGCGGUUAUCGUCGAGCGAUGACGACCGGUAUUCUCAUACGGGCCCAUUGCCAGCUCGACCCCAAUUUUCGUAUCAGAAGUCGUCCAGGCCACCGGCUGUGCGCUCAAAAACCACGUACCAGUUAGCGCAUCCGGCAAUCAAUGCGCGUCAGGCGCGGCUCAGACUCCGACCAAAGCUUCUCCUCCAACUCCAGCGAGUGUCCCCGACCUCACGGCCGGUCCCCGUCUACGACGUUGUGCCAUCGACCGUGUUCAAGAAUAGAUUAGCCCGAAAGGUCCCGGCGAUCCUGCGUGGCAAGAAAGGCCUGGGCCCAAACGAUUUGAUUGUGACCACGAGCGAUCUAUACGAACGGACCGGGAUCGACCCGACAGAGAGGAGUCUGAGCUCGGAUGACGAGAAUGGCGACCACCGGGAGGUUGUGGCGACCAUUUGCCAACUGUUCAAAGAGGACGCCCUGUCCAAGGGCAAAGCAGAGAUUUGCCUGAACACGGGUUCGGUGUGGGAAGCGACGCCGCUUCCCAACGGAUCGUACGAGUUUGCGGCCAACACCGACGCGGGAAUUUUGAUUGUACGAUGGGUACGGCGCGGACAAAAAAAGCGUCGCGUAUCCGCGCCCCCCGGCUCGCUGGAACAGGAAGACACCAAACGCUUCACCUUUAGUGUCAUUAAUCCCAACACUCGCCGCCAUCCUGUUAUUGCAUGCAUGACCCGGAACCACCUGGAAGUGCAUGACCGCUACGCAAUGCCACCAAACUCCACCGCCCCAUCCUCCCCUACCGCUAUGUCGGUUAUCAGUGAUGCUUCGGAGUUGGAUGCCCCAUUAGACCAGAAUCUGAUCGAGACCGACGAAAACACCCGCCUGCUCAUUAUCAUGACUAGUAUCUGGGUUGCGUUUCGGGAGGGUUGGUCACUUAAUUUUCGGUAUAAUGACUCCAACUGCAAGCCGACCCCUAAAACAUCGAAACCAGCCUCGACCACAGACGGCGAUAGUGUCCCCGGCGGAAAAGACCACAAGCCCGGUCCAGAAGUCACCACCAACGCAAAUCGGCGAGUAACCAUCUCCAGUGCCUUGCCCACUCAACAACCAACGGUCGAACGAUCGAUCAGAUAUGGUAGCCUAUCCAAGCGCUCCAAUUCCACUGGCGCCGCAUUCAUUGAACGGUCCAAUCGACGAACGUCUGGGGUGAAUGGCAGACCCCAUCGUCACAGUAUGUUCUCGAGCCCUCGUCCAUCCUUCGACGAAGCGUCGGAUUCCGUAUCUGUCGCUCGGAGCUCGGGAUGCUGCAGGUCGCGAUCUCAACACGUGAGAGCUGACGCGGAAGAUAUGAAGGACGACUUGCCACCUACUCGUGUUCCCAUCCAUCCCGAGGAAACACCUGCUUCGCAACCACGUCAACUCGAAACGUCUCAGCCCCCUGACGAUCAAGUGGGAUCGGGAAGAACCAAAGGAAAGCGUCGACAUCGUUUCAGCAAUCUUUUCGAUUUUUUCGUCCGACGGGGACACCAUCAUCAAUCAUAG